AUGUGCACACCUGCCAAAAUCAGCACGGUUUGUACAAACUAUUGGGUAUUGAUUGCUGUUUGUGCCUUCUCCACUGGAAUUAGGGAUGCUCUGAAGUAUCUCACUGAAGCUUUUCAGUCUGUCGGUGAAAGAGAACUUGACGAUGUCGUUGACAAUGUCAUCGAUGCUGUUGAGAAACAGCCUUUGUCAUCUAAUAUGAUUGAACUAUCCACAGUGGAAGCAGCUGUCCAGGAAUGCAGUCAGACAUCAGAUGAAGCAAUAGAAAAUGUCUUUAACAUUAUUGGAGCCUUUGAUAUUCCACGUUUUAUUUACAAUUCAGAAAGAAAGAAGUUUCUACCUCUGUCAAUGACCAACUUCCCUGCACCGAGCCUGUUUGGAACUGCCAGAGAUAAAGCAGAGCUGUUUCGGGAACGUUACUCCAUCCUACAGCAGAGGACUCACAGACAUGAGUUGUUUGCUCCUUCACCAAUUGUGGCUCACCCUGAUGACAGCAAGAGCAAAUUCCAGCUAAAGACAGUAGAAACUCUCCUGGGCAACACAGCUAAAGUGGGAGAAGUGAUUGUGCUUGGGAUGAUCACUCAGCUUAAGGAGGGGAAAUUUUUCCUAGAAGAUCCCACAGGAGUUGUCCAGCUAGACCUCAGUAAAGCACAGUUCCACAGUGGUUUAUAUACCGAAUCCUGCUUUGUUCUGGCAGAAGGUUGGUAUGAAGAUGAAGUGUUUCAUGUGAAUGCUUUUGGAUUUCCUCCCACUGAACCUUCUGCUACCACGAGAGCCUUCUAUGGGAACAUAAACUUCUUUGGAGGACCUUCUUCAUCUUCAGUAAAGGCUUCUGCAAAGCUAAAGCAGCUGGAGGAUGAGAAUGAAGAUGCCAUGUUUGUGUUUCUGUCUGAUGUGUGGUUGGACCAAGCAGAGGUGCUGGAAAAGCUUCACAUAAUGUUUGCAGGUUAUUCCUCUGCACCUCCCACCUGCUUUUUCUUCUGUGGGAAUUUUUCAUCUGCUCCAUAUGGAAAGAAUCAGAUUCAGUCACUGAAAGGCUCUUUGAAGGCUCUUGCAGAUAUUAUCUGUGAAUACCCCAGCAUCCAUAAAAGUAGCAGAUUUGUGUUUGUCCCUGGCCCUGAAGAUCCUGGUCCUGGUUCUGUCUUGCCAAGGCCUCCACUGGCUGAACAUAUUACUGAGGAAUUCAGAGAGCUGGUGCCAUUUUCAGUUUUCACCACAAAUCCUUGCCGGAUUCAGUACUGCACCCAAGAAAUGAUUAUCUUUCGGGAGGAUUUGGUGAACAAGAUGUGCAGGAACUGUGUUCGUUUCCCCAGCAGCAACAUGGACAUUCCCAACCAUUUCGUAAAGACAAUAUUAUCCCAAGCACACCUGAGCCCUCUCCCCCUGUAUGUCAGCCCUGUGUACUGGGCCUAUGACUACUCCCUCAGGGUCUAUCCCGUGCCAGAUGUGAUGGUCAUCGCUGACAAGUACGACCCCUUCACUGUCACCAACACUGACUGCCUCUGCAUCAACCCAGGUUCGUUUCCACGGAGUGGAUUUUCCUUCAAGGUGUUCUACCCCUCCAACAAGACAGUUGAGGACAGCAAGCUUCAAGGGCUCUGA